AUGAGUUGCAGAUCUUACUUUGAUGAUGGUACUAAACUUCAUGAUUAUGAACACAAUGGGAAGUUCUCUAUUAGCAAAUUCUAUAAAGCUCUUAGAGAACCUAUUGCCCAAGUAAGGUGGAAGAGGCUACUAUGCAACAACAAGGCUUCUCCAAGAAGCUUAUUUAUCACUUGGUUGGCUGUACUAGGCAGACUUGCUACCAAAAGUAGACUUGCCCAAUGGAAUAUGAUCAGUGAUACCACUUGUGUUCUAUGUAAUGAUGCAGAAGAAGAUAUUCAACAUCUAUUUUUCAACUGUCCCUUCUCUACUGAUAUAUGGAUGAAAUGUUUGAAUCUCUUAGGUAUAGGUAGAAGACCUAUGGCUUUCCUAGACGAAAUCUCUACAGCAGCUAUUAAGUGCAGAAAGAAGAACAAUAAGAACCAGUUAUAUGGCAUGCUGUUUGCAGAAGCAAUCUACAACAUUUGGAUUCAAAGGAACCAUCCAGUGUUUGAAGGCAAUCACAAGUUACCUGAUCAGACAAUGGACUUAAUUUUAUUCAAUGUAGCUUGUAGAAUUCCAGAUUCCAUGAAAGUUCAACUAUGUAGAUAA